AGAGCUUAAAUUGCAUUCCUGUAGAGCUGUCUCUCUCUCUCUCUCAUAUCUGAGCUAAAAAGAUGGGAAAUUCUAUAUUAGGUUUUCUCCUUCUGGUUCUCUCUGUGGAGAUAAUGUUCUUCACCAAUCCAUCAAUGGGGAGACCUGCAACUUUUUUACAGGAUUUCCACAUCACAUGGGCUGAAACCCAUAUCAAGCAAAUGGAGAAUGGCACUGCAAUUCAACUCCUCCUUGACCAAACUUCUGGUUGUGGGUUUGCAUCCAAGAACAAAUAUAUGUUCGGACGAAUAAGCAUGAAUAUAAAGUUGAUUCCAGGGGAUUCUGCAGGGACUGUCACAGCCUUCUAUAUGAAUUCAGACACAAACGAAAUCCGAGAUGAAUUGGACUUUGAGUUCUUGGGAAACAGAACAGGGCAACCCUACACGGUUCAAACAAAUGUGUUUGCAAAAGGGAAAGGUAACAGAGAACAGAGAGUGAAUCUCUGGUUCGACCCUUCUGCAGAAUUUCAUAACUAUUCCAUCCUCUGGAAUCACCAGCACAUUGUGUUUUACGUGGAUGAUGUUCCAAUAAGGGUGUACAAGAACAAUGAAGCCAAGGGAGUUCCAUAUCCAAACUCACAACCAAUGGGGAUUUACUCAACACUUUGGGAAGCCGAUAAUUGGGCUACACGUGGAGGAUUGGAAAAGAUCGAUUGGACCAAGGCUCCCUUCUAUGCUUACUACAAGGAUUUCGAUAUAGAGGGUUGUGUUGUUGUUGGCUCAGCUGGUUGUAGUAAUAACAAUUCCAACAAUUGGUGGGAUGGACCAUCGUACCAACAGCUCAACCCAUAUCAGGCCAGAAAGUACCGGUGGGUUAGAGUGAACCAUAUGGUUUAUGACUAUUGCACGGAUCGGUCAAGACAUCAAUUCCCUCCACCAGAAUGCUUAUCCGGAAUUUAAAAAUUGUUGUGGCUUUUUUUUUUUAUAUUUAU